AUGGCUACCUCUGAAGAUACCUCCCCCGGUCUUACCGCGAAUGAUCCAACGUCUGAUGGGGUUCAACUUGAGGAAAGGGGCAUUUCCCGCCUUCUACGCCGACGUACACCUACCACAAGGCAAAAUGCUCGAGACACGUCGGUAGGUUCUUUGGACAGGAUAUUUGACACCCGUACCCAGUCGGGUGGACAGCGCCUCCACGAUGCUCCGCCGUCCUUGACAUCGGGCGAGCAGUACUUCAUCGACAAUACAUAUGGUGUCAAUGAGCUACGAGACAGCUUCUUCGACGCCAUCUUCCUACCGCCUGAAGAUGUCGAUGCCCAGGACCUCAUGGCACAGGCCGAGACCACUCUGCCUUACGCCCUUCGCAAGCAAGACCCGCUUUCUCUGAGCAACUUCCUACCCAAGCAGUGGCACGAGGUCAAGGGUGUCAUACGUCGGGUCACUACCACCCGCGCUGGCAUCAAGCUUGCCAAGUCUUUCCUUGGGUUCUUCAUAGCAUACGUCCUCUGUCUCGUUCCUCUUGUCCGAGCAAGGCUUGGUCGGCACAGCUAUAUCAUGGUAAUCUCCGCCAUUAUAAAUCACCCGGGCCGGACAUUGGGAGCCCAGGUGGAUGGGACCAUUCUCACUAUAGUCGGUAGUGCUACCGGGUUGGCAUGGGGCUCCUUUGGCCUAUGGGUCUCUACUGUCACUGCUACCGCACGCGUUGGCUAUGGCGGUGUCCUGGCAACCUUCCUCUUCUUAUACAUCUUUGUUAUCGCCUGUCUUCGCUCUUAUUACAUUCGCACUUAUCAACUCAUCAUCUGCGCUGGGAUCGCCAUCUCCUACACCUGCUUAGCAGAGGUUUCUGGUAGUCAGGUUUCGUGGUCUAAACUCCUCGAAUACGGGAUCCCGUGGCUCCUAGGGCAAGCCAUCUCCCUAUUCAUAUGCUGCAUGGUGGCUCCAGAUGCCGGUGCACGCCCCUUGGCAGUUGCACUACACCAAACGUUUGGUGUGAUGCUGACUGGCCUCGAAUCAACCACCCCGGAUAGCACGCAAAGACGCCGAAGUCUGACCCAGGCGUUUGUUGGUAUGUCUCAGGCUUAUAGAGAUUUUGUGAUCGACUUCUCCAUCACGCUGUUUGAUCCCAAAGACGUAAAGGAGCUCCGUAACCUGAUACAAGCUGUCAUCCGCGCUCUCCUCAGCCUGAAAACCGAGACUAAGUUAUUUGACCCCGUGGCAAGCGCCCCAAUGGACCCGGCUGGUCACAACAGUUCUGGUAUUGAUGGGUUCGUUGUUGAUAUGGAUGCUAAAAGAUCUACACCCAAAAAUGCCGUGGAAGAGGAGUUAUUGAAAUUUGUCAUCAGCAACUUGGCGGAGCCCACCGAGGAUCUUCUGCUCGCAAUGAAAGCUGCUUUGCAGAGUUGCGAUGCAGUCUUGAUGGAAAUGUGUGGCCACCGCCAGUAUCUCGGCCCAUCGGACGAUGUGUCAAAUGAUGUGCCAGGCUCCUUGGUCAAGUUGCGACAGCGCAUCAUCGAGUUCAGCACCUGCCAGGACAGCGUGUUAGCAAGCGAUAAGUUGCCACCCACAUAUUCAGAUUUCCCAGAAGUCGUCAAGACUUUCGCAUUCUGCCGACCGAUUCAUCAAGCCGCUACAUCAAUUGAGGCGCUCCUGGUGAAGGUCAACCACAUGCAACAGAGGCGGCCGGAAUAUCCGAAGUUUCACCUGCCGAACUAUCCUUUCUGGAAGGCCCUUCAUCGAUCGAACGCCCAGGUUCGACACGACAGAGGCGGUGUCACGGCAGGCUCUUACUUCAGAAGUUUCAGCGACAUAGCGGAACUCAUCCAGAAAAUCAAGGCUCUCGAUUUUCACCCCCUGCCGCAGAAGGAUGGAGUUGCAAGUGGGAAUCACGACACGUCAUUUGCCACAAUGACCGCUAAAGAGCUUGAAGACGAUCCCGACACGAAGAAGAGCCGUAUACGACAAAAAUUCUGGGCUAUCUCGCAUAGGUUCCAAGGCUUUGAGACGCGAUUUGGUCUCAAGACAGCUGCGAUCACCUCCUUGCUUGCUGUACCGGCAUGGCUUAGUGGAAGCGAUUGGUGGUGGGAUCGCUAUGAGGUGUGGUGGGCUGUUGUGAUGGCUUGGAUGAUCAUGGGCCCUCGGACUGGUGGAAAUGUCCAGGACUUAUUCACCAGAGCGUUGUGUGGUGUUUUGGGGGCUCUCUGGGGUGGACUAUCCUAUGCCGCCGGCAAUGGGAACCCCUAUGUUAUAGCUGUGUUUGCUGCAGUGUUCAUGCUCCCUAUGAUUUACAGAUUCACGCAAAGCACACAUCCGAGAUCGGGAAUUGUGGGCUGCAUCUCAUUCACGGUCGUGUCUUUAUCAGAAGUCACUGCUGAGGGCCAACCGUCACCAGCAACCAUCGCUGCAACUCGGGGAGCAGCGAUUGUCGUCGGUGUAACAGCUUCUAUCAUCGUCAAUUGGAUCAUAUGGCCAUUCGUUGCUCGCCACGAUCUUCGCAAGGCCACCGCAUCUAUGCUGUUCUACUGUAGUAUCAUUUACAGGAGCAUUGUGUCAAGGUAUAUUUACUAUGACGGACAGGAACCAACGAAGGAAGACAUCGAGGCGUCGGAGGUACUUGAGGGACGGCUACGGGAAGGUUUCGUCAGAUUACGGCAACUCAUGGUCAGCUCAGAGGUGUCCUGGAUUGAAGAUAAGGCGCUAACCUGCGUACAGGGUCUUACCCGCCACGAGAUCCGGCUGCGGGCACCUUUCGAUCCUGUACCCUACUCAGCACUGAUCAACUCCUGCGAGCGUUUCUUCGAAUACAUCGUCACUGUUCGGCAAUCGUCUCUAUUCUACCAUCCGCACUUCAUCCGAGACAAUGCCGAGGCAGCUGCGGAUCUCUUAGGCCACCGUAGAGACGCCAUCGCGACGAUAUUGACGAAUCUGUACGUCUUGUCAGGAGCAUUACGCGCCAACAGAAAAGUUCCUAAAUACCUUGCGAGCGCAGCGGCUACCAGGAAGCGACUCAUGGAUAAAAUGAGAGAAUUGGAGAAUGAACUUCUUGCCGACAGUGGGAAGCUCAGCGCGGAAGAAAAGGUCGAGGACAAGAAGUGGGCGCAGAUCUACAGCUAUUCGUACAACGAGAGCUUGACUGGCUGCGUCGAGCAGCUGGAAGAGCUGGAGAAGUACACGAAGGCUGUAGUUGGGGAACAAGGGCAGGUCAAGGCAAUCCCCUGUUGGGGUGAUGAUUACUAA